AUGGCGGUCUCAAAAGGUCGCGCAAAGGACUUCAAGGAUCCCGAUGAAAAGGUUGCCAAAGACUACGACCCGGAAAGCAAUGCGCCUGCUAGCGACCCGGGAAGCGACAGCGAUUUCAGCGAGGAUGAAAACGCAGGAACCGAGCACUACGUCUCUGUUGGGAAGAGUCGCUUGAGACAAAAGGAGGGCGUGUCGCUCGGCCGGGAUUACAGGGGCUCUCGCGUCAGCCGAUCCGCCCUGGAAGAGGACAGCGAAGAAGAGGAAGGCGAGAGCGACGACGACGCCGAGUAUGAUGACCCGGAGACGGUUGAUCUUGCAGCCGAUGAAGCGCAAGCCGGCGAUUCGGAAAUUGAGAGCGACAACGCACUCGCCGAGUCUGAUGCGGAGCAAUUUAGCGGUUUUACCUUUCGAGGCAGCUCUACGCCGGGAAACCCAACCCACAAGUCCAGAAAAAGAGACAACGUAGCGGACCUUUUGUCUUCAUACGACGCAGAGGGGGGUCAUGGCGACGAAGAGGACUCCAGCGAGGGGGCCCGCAGCGACUCGGAAGACGCUGGGGACUCGGAAGAUGAAGAUUCGGAAGGGGGAAGCGAUGCCGAGGACGAUGCCGCGGAAGAAAGAUCCGAUGAUGGAAAAGCAGACGUGGAAAAAGGCAUGGCGAUCCAGAAGCAGCGCAACAUCUACGACGGCCUCCUGAAUCUUCGCAUCCGACUACAGAAAGCACUCGUGGCCGCCAACACAUUCCCCAUAGUGGAGGAUGAGGCCGAGUCAGACUCGGAACCUUACGAGGCUGCCGAGGAGGCGGCCAUCAAGCUCCUCAACACAAUCAGCAGUCUCAGGUCAAAUCUCGCUGGCCCUCACAGAGCGGGCGACAAGCGAAAACGGCAACUAGCUGUCUCCAUGCCUAGUGAGGCCAUAUGGGCGCGUCUCCAGGAAGAGGAUCUAUCCUCUAUCGAAUUUCGGAAAAGUCGACUGGAGAAGUGGUCGCGAAAGGUGCAGAGCGUCAAUGUAACAGCACAAAGGGGCCUAGGCCAAAGGAGUAAGACAGUUGUAGAUGCCCUCGAGGAGCAGCUUGCCAACCCCGAAAGCCGCCUGGUCAAGCGCACCCGAGUGCCCCGUUCGUGUGCGCCCGCGCAGGCGUCGAGGAAAAUCAGCGAAGACGGCCAAGUCUACGACGAUGCCGACUUUUACCAGCUGCUGCUGAAGGAGCUUGUCGACCAGCGAACCGUGGAGACGGCUGCAGCGCAGGUUGGCGGAGUGCCGACGGUGAUGCUGACGGCGGCAAAGGAGGCCAAGACGCGCAAGCAGGUGGACCGCAAGGCCAGCAAAGGCCGGAAGAUGCGCUUCACGGUGCAUGAAAAGCUGCAGAACUUUAUGGCGCCCGAGGACAGGCGGUCGUGGGAGCAAGAUGCCGUUGACCGGUUCUUCGCAACGCUGUUUGGCCGCAAGAUGGAGCUCAACGAAGACGACAGUGCGGAUGACGGGAUGGAAGAUGUGGAUGCCGAGGAAGAGGGACUUCGCCUGUUUCGAAAUUGA